AUGCGCUCCAUUCAUGCGUUGCCCCUCGAUGUUAUUCGCCAGUUGUCCCGCAUGCUAGAGUGGCUAUGGGACGUAGCCGUCAACCCUAUCUUGAAUGAAUUGAAGUUUUCGGCCCCUCCACUAAAUGAUAACUGGCCUCGUGUCUGGUGGAUCCCAACCGGUCAGCUAAGCUUGCUCCCUCUACACGCAGCAGGGUACCACGCCCAGGAGGCUAUCAGUGGAUCUGGUCCGACGCCCGGCAAAUACAAUACAACGCUUGACAGGGUCGUAUCGUCAUAUAGCUCCUCCAUCAAAGCGCUUCUAUAUAGUCGGCAAAAUUCACAAGCUUCUAAACUCGGUCUAGAUGAGGCACUGCUCGUUUCAAUGGACAGAACACCGGGACACCCCGAUCUUGAAUAUGCUGCGGAGGAGGUGAACGCCCUAGUGAGCCUUCUCUCGAGCCAGAUUACAACAACAAAAUUGGAACGGCCAUCCAAACAAGCUAUCCUAGACAGCUUAAAGUCAUGCUCAAUCUUUCAUUUCGCCGGACACGGCGAAUCAAACCCGUCAGACCCGUCAAAGAGCUCUUUACUCGUCAGCGAUUGGCAAGAAAACCCAUUAACCGUUGACGACCUCAUUGAGUCAGACUUUAGACAGCAAUCUCCUCUACUUGCAUACCUUUCAGCAUGCUCAACAAGCAACAACAGCGCAAAGAAACUACAGGACGAAGCCAUACAUUUGGUAACUGCGUGUCAACUCGCCGGUUUCAAGCAUGUGGUAGGAUCAUUGUGGGAGGUUUCCGACAAAUACUGCGUUGUAGCUGCGGAAGAGAUUUACAAAAUGAUAAUAGAAGACGGCGUCAUAAAUGGCGACAAAACCGCGUUAGGUGUGCACAAGGCUACAAGACGCAUAAGAGAGAUUACGAGGGGUAGGGGUGAAGACAGCCCCACAAAUCCUCCGUUAACCGAAGGUCUAUCGAACGAGGAAUCUGGUGCGAGAGGUCCAAGGAGUGCUAGGCCCGCCGGAUACCAGAAUCGAAUUGAUACUAAUAGCGAGCUAGGUAACCCGCUUAUUUGGGCAGCCUAUAUCCACGUCGGGCCGUAG